AAAGUUAAAAUUUAACCCUCUGUUGAAUAUGAUUAAAUGGCGGCAAGCAGUGUGAAGCAAUUUUAAAGAAACAUGAGAAAUGAACGUUAGGGAUAGUAAUUUAAAGAGCGGUGACUCAGAAUCACAGCUCCAGUGUUUGCUCUCGUCUCUGGAAGACCAGUCACUAGCAGUCAACAGUCCUGAUCUAUUACCAGCAAUACAAGGAUCACAUCAUCAGAUUGUCGAGUGUUUUGGGUUUCUUGUUGAUAGUUUAAGAGGAUUGUUAUCUACUGGAGGGAAUGAAGCAGCUGGAGAGAAAUGUCAAUGUAUGAACACUAUUGUUAAUAGUUUAUCUGUUGUACUAAUGAAUAUCAAACAGUCAGUACAACAAUCAAUUAAUAAUAAUAAUAAUGAUACAUCGUUAAUGACAUCACUCUCACUAAUGCUGUCAGUGAUUCUUAAAAUUAUUUUAAUGAUUCUUAAAUUAUGCAAAGAUAUAGAGACUAAUCAUGAAUCAAGUUUCGAAUCAUUAGCAGCUGGUCUUGGUUCAUUAUUCAAAUCAACAGUGUCAUUAUUGAAGGCUACAUGUGAGGGUGUGGAGUUAGUGAAGCCACACCCACUAACGGAGGACAGAUCAGACAGUGCAAUAAAAAAUGUUCUUUCUUCAUUAUUCCCAGUAGUCCAGCUGUCCUUACAGUUUGAUCCAACUCUUCUCCUAAUCUCUUGGAAGUCCCUCGGUAAACUCGUCUGUCACUUAAAGGACGCUCCUCGGUUGCUAGGCAAUGAUUGCCACGCCUACUAUGAGAUGAUACAAGAGCUGUGUAACGCUAUUCUAAUUAAAGGAAGAGAAACCAUUGAUACCGGAAUUAAUAAUAAUAAUGAUGAUGGAGGGGGACAGUCUUCAAGUGAAUUGGCUAAUUUAUUCUCUCGGUUACUUAAACUCUGUCGGUUCUUUGCCAGCCUCAUAGUGAGGAUAGUACAGGAAUAUGACAAUUAUCAUCACAUUAUUAGUGAAACCGUCUUUAAUUUCUUACUGGAAUUAAUAAGUUUACUUCCUCCAAGUCCAUCUUGUUCAAAGGCAAUACCUAAACCAGUUCUGCUGCAGCUGGAAGCAAACAUACCUGUGGUGUUGGAGCCAUUGUUUUCUUGUCUUAUGAAUUGUGAAGAGUUUCUUAACCUGCUAACAACAUCAUCAGAACUGACCUCAAGGUACUCUUACUCCUGGUGUUAUUUGAUUUGUCUGUUGCUGAAAUCAUUUCAAAAGCUAGAAGCUCCAUCUCGUACGUACCUACUGGAACCAAUCACAGCCCAAGAAGUACAUAGCACGUCAAAUGACACUAAUAGAAUAUUGAGAGCAGUUUUUCAUUGUACCAGCAGCUGUCAUGUUGAGUUUAGUUUGCCGGUCAGUCUCCCGGGAAUCGUUUCUAUUGGUCAGCCACUGGUUGAGGUCUCACUCUACGAGCACUUGUGUGUCCAUGUGUGCAGUUUAGUGGCACUGAUGCCGGCAGAAUAUUUCCAGCAGCUGGAGAGAGUGCUAUUGUAUAACUUGUUUUCUGAGGAUUUCUAUUGUUCACUGUUAUCAGCUGAUCUCUGGUCCUUUAUGGCCAGGUGGAGCACUAGUGAAGUAUGUUACAGCCACGUCAAACUGUUAUCAGACCUGGUCCUCGUUAUUCCUGAUUCUGCUUCCUCCCACACAAUCAAUAACGUCAAGUGUCUCUUUUGGAGACUGUUUGCAUUUUUAACCCCACAGCAACAGGAGUUGCUACUACACAAGUUCACUCCAGUAUCUUCUAAUAAUGUUCACUUCUGGUCUACUGUUCCUGUUUCAGCUCUCACUUCUUCUUCAGCAAAAAAUUUUUCUACAUUAUUAUUUGAUUAUUGUAUGGAUACUCUGAAAAAAGACGACCACUCCUCUACAACGACUAUCCACUGUCUACGGAUUAUAUACAACACAUUAUCCAGUACACAGUGUAGACCACACCUACUGACACACCUCCCUCCACUAAUUGAUGUCAUUAUUAAAUUGAUGUCUUUUUGCGUUACAAAAACAACAGAAAAGCAAUUAAAAUCAGAUUAUAAUGGUACUGCCAUUAGUGAUCACUCAUUAUCAGUUGCUGCUUUAUUACUGAAUGACAUGAACAAGGAGCAAAUUAUUAAAGUUCUACACUCCACUUACUGGCUGAUUGCUAAUUCACUUAGCACCAAUUCUCCACUACCAGUUGCCGGUAUAUAUUCUCUUCUUCAUUCUUGUGGUCCUUUAAAUCAUCAUGAUCUCAAAGAGACUCUCUGUGCUUUAUUUAAUACCUUGCUGAGUGCCGAGUUGCCAUGGUUACCCAAACAGCUGGUGCUUGAGUCUUUUAAACAUUUUGCUGAAGUGACUCCAUUUUCUGAUAUCCUUGAGAAGUGCAUACCAGAAAGUGUCAGUUCAUUUGUCAUUGACUUCAUUCAGAAGAUUCCUCACGGUUGCAAUGGGCACCCUGAACUACUGGAGACCUCAAAUAUAAUUAAAGUAUUAUCAGAUCAAAGACAGUAUCUGCUUAAAGGAAAAGUUGAACAAACUGAAGAUCAGGAGUCUAUUGUUGAAGCAGAACCAACUAAUACUGCAAUGGAGAUUGAAGGGAAUGGUAUCACCAAUGUGUCUUCAGAUAAUAUUACCGAUCAGGAUAUUCUGUCAGAUUUUAGUUCUUCAUGGUCACAGCUACAGUCUAGUAUAUCAGAUACUUCUUCACUUACUCCAUUGAUGAGAAGUGAGUUGACAAAGAUCUGGAAUGAAUUAGGAGAAUAUUUAAAAACAAAACAUGAUGAUAAAUAAUAAUAUUAUGAUCCUCUGUGUUAAAUUUAUAUCUUUGUAUAUAUACAUUUUAACAGCAAUGACCAAUUCACCAUAAA